GGCUCCGUGGGCGGGCCCGCGGUGGAGGCACGAAUAACCGCUGUUUCCGCUAAACUGGCCAGGCUUUUUCUGCUUCCAGCAAGUCAUCUUUUGCUAUAUUACAUCUCUGUUCCUUGGUAGCUGUCUCUCAACUUGGUCAACUAACACUGCCAUUUUCCUCCAGAUAAUCAAGUGUGUCCUCUAAGAUGUCCAUUGUGAAAAGUGGUUGGCUCCACCGACAGAGCACCAUAUUGCGUCGGUGGAAGAGAAACUGGUUUGACCUGUGGGCUGACGGGCGACUGGUGUUCUAUGAUGACCAACAACGCCGAGACAUGGAAGAUGAUAUCCACAUGAGGGUAGACUGCAUUAAUAUCCGCAGUUCCACUGCAUGUCAAGACCUGAACCCUCCAGAGGGCAAGAGCCGUGAUGCCCUGCUGCAGAUUGUGUGCAGAGAUGGACGGGUCAUCAGCCUCUGUGCAGACAGUGCAGAUGAUGCUCUGGCAUGGACCAUGGCACUUCAAGAUGCAAGAAUAAAUACGGUGGUCGGUUCUCCUCAGAUUGGCUUUGCACAAGAAGUGCUUGCCUCCGCUCCUCCUCCCUACACAGAAUAUGCAGCCCCACCUCAGGUUUAUGCCCCAGGUCCUUAUGGAGACUACGUUGCACCUCCACCACAUGGUACACAAAUCGUCUACUCCGCUGAUGGGCAGCCUUAUGCCGUUGCAUAUCCCUAUCAGUACCAAGGUGCGUACCCGCCUCCUGGAGUGAAUCAUGUCAUCCUUCGAGAGCGCCAGCGUGACGACGGAGGAGACGUGGCUUUGGGCAUGCUUGCUGGGGCGGCGACUGGAUUGGCACUCGGCUCUCUCUUCUCCGUCUUUUAAAGUCUUUAUAGGAACUGUAACCCUACUAAUGUACAUCUAGUGGCACAGCAUAUCCCAUAUUUGCAGCAUUUUGGCUUCUUCUCUGUGCCGCCACAUGGAGACGAAGUAAAAUGUGUCUGUGUUGGGCUAGUUCCACCGCUGAAGCAUGAUUGUGAUGUGCCAGUGAAUUACUCCUCUUGUGUCCCUACCAAAGGCUUCUAUAUUUAAAUACUGUUAGCACUUUCUAAUAGGUCCUCCUGCUGUGGCAGUGUUGUACUCCCUUUGUUUUGUCUAAAUAUGAAUGUACCUGUCAAGAAACACACAGAAUUAUUUAAAUAGCAGAAAAGUGACUCCUUUCAGGUUAUGUACAUUUCAGGUCCUCCCAGCAGAUGUUUCAAACAGUUCAUUGUAGUAAGCAGUGUGUUUGAGUCAUACCUGGGUUUAUUCCAAUUUCACUGAGCACAUUUCGUCCACAUUUGCUGUUUGUUCAUUAUGUUGAGGAAUUUGUGUUUGCUUUUGCACGGGUUUUGUCAUUGUCCCUGUAUAUUUUUUUCCUUUGCUGUUUUACUUUACUCCAUGUGUACUGUGUGACUACUUUGGUUGUCAAUAUACAGCGUGUUUCCAGAUGCUCAAAUGGUUUGUGGCUGAGGCAGGCUGAGGUGAUGUGUAGUGUAAGGAAAUGUGCAUGUGCAAAGCAAUAAUCAGUGUCAUUUGGCGUUCUGGGGAAAUCUGCUUGUGGUGGCCUUUCUGAUGUUGUCACCACAAAUACAUUUGCAUUUGGGAAACACGUGCAUGCGUAAACUGUGCUUUGACGUGAAAAGGGACUUCACUCUUAAUUCUUAAAUUUGCAUGCCAUUUAUAUGAUGAUUUUUCACUGGCAGCUGAUGAUACUUAAGGUUUCACUCAUUUCAUUUCACGUUAGCCGGUGUUUUGAAGUUUAGUUACAUUUCAGUUAGCCUUAACUUGUAUUCCACACUCCAAAUGACUUGAAUAUUUUCAGGUUUUGCCAUGAUUCAUGUUAUUUAUGAUUUUACUUAUGUACUUUGAAAUUCUCAUUUGUGCUUGAUAGAAAAGGCAUAGAUUGGUUUAGUCUGCUUUUCAAACUGAUAAAUGACACAUCACCAGGAAUGAGAUUUACUGAAAAAAAAAUCUAGAAAACUUGCAUCUCCUAAGGAUUGCCAUUGAAAAACCUUGCACCUUAGUGCUAUAGGCAUAAUAUCACUGUCUUUUUUUCCAUGGGUCUUACAAAUUGUUUGAAGAUGUGAAAUGAAGUUCAAACCAGUUACUUCAAUCCUCUUAUGUACUAAUCUAAUUAUGUAUUUACCUGACAUUUGAAGUUAAGAUAUCUGACAUUUAGCUAAGAAAUGUAUUUUAACUACUAAAUAUAUUCACAAAGUCA